CCAACUCAACUGAGUCAUGGCUGAGGCCCAACUUAUUGCCACCCUGCGACCGGCCCCGGGAAAGGAGACUGAGGUUAGACACCUUCUUUGCGACACGGCCCGUCUUGUGGAGCAGGCAGAACCAUCGUGCUUGGCAUUCCUUCUAACAGAACAUCAUCGAGUUGAUGGUACCUUAGAGUUCAGAGUCAUUGAAAGAUGGGCCAAUAUCAAUGCCCUUGAGCACCACCAUAGUCGUCCCUGGCUCCGCCAGAUGUAUUCAACAUUUUUGGAGAAGCAGCUAUUAGACGGUCCAGAGCAGAUUGAGAUGCUGACAGUUAUUGCUGGGUUCGCUGUGCGUUAGAACGGGUCUUCAUAUUCAAGAAACUGAAAACAUAUCCCUGCAGAGCACGGCUGGAUGACUACCAACAAUCGAGGGUAUAUCCUGACUACAAGAAUCGUCAUUGAUGUGGUGUAACUUUUCGGACCCGAAUAUGUGUUUCCACACAAAAUGAACCAAAUCUCUUUAGCUGCCAAAUAGAAUGACUACUUGUGCCACGACAUAGGCAGGGAGUGCGGGCGGAGUGUCCUGUUGGAAGUGAUUGAACAAAAAUCAUCCAUUGCCACUAGAACUGCAAGUCUCAAUGUCCUCGAUAUACGGAAUGAGCCACAAGUACAGACCCGGAAAUCUCGCAUUAGUGUGACACACGGUAGUCUAAGUUAAG